AUGGGUUCUUCUUUGUGGACUUGUCUGAUUUUGUUAUCACUAGCCUCUGCUUCCUUCGCCGCCACACCAAGGAGACCUGUGGAUGUGCCAUUUGGCCGAAACUAUGUGCCUACUUGGGCCUAUGAUCACAUCAAAUACCUCAAUGGAGGGUCAGAGAUUGAGCUUCAUCUUGAUAAGUACACUGGUACUGGCUUUCAGUCCAAAGGGUCCUACUUGUUUGGUCACUUCAGCAUGUACAUAAAAAUGGUUGCUGGUGAUUCAGCUGGCACUGUCACUGCAUUCUAUCUAUCAUCCCAAAAUUCAGAACAUGAUGAAAUAGACUUUGAGUUCUUGGGGAACAGAACUGGGCAACCAUACAUUUUGCAAACAAAUGUGUUCACUGGUGGCAAGGGUGACAGAGAACAGAGAAUCUACCUAUGGUUUGACCCUACAAGACAAUACCAUAGAUACUCAGUGCUAUGGAACAUGUUCCAGAUUGUUUUCUAUGUGGAUGAUAUCCCGAUAAGGGUGUUCAAGAACAGCAAAGACAAGGGAGUGAAAUUCCCAUUUAACCAACCAAUGAAGAUAUACAACAGCUUAUGGAAUGCUGAUGAUUGGGCCACAAGGGGUGGUUUGGAGAAAACAGAUUGGUCCAAAGCACCCUUUGUAGCCACCUACAAAGGAUUCCACAUUGAUGGGUGUGAGGCCUCUGUGGAUGCCAAAUUUUGUGCAACUCAAGGCACAAGGUGGUGGGAUCAACCUGAAUUCCGUGACCUUGAUUCUGCUCAAUGGCAAAGACUCAAAUGGGUGCGCAAAAAAUACACCAUCUACAACUACUGCACUGACCGCAAACGCUACCCUCAACUCCCUCCUGAAUGCACAAGAGACCAAGACAUUUAA